GAAACUUUGCCACUCACGUUCGUUUAGUUUGUUUACGUUUAUGAUCGUGAUUCGUGGUCGGGUUGAAAGUACCUAACGGAAAGUAGGGACAAAACUGAAAACAAAAUAAAAUUUAUAAUAAAUUUUAUUUGUUAUACUGAAUUUACAUUAAAAAUAAAAAAAAAUCAAACAUUUUUCAAUGGAGCAUCCACCUGAUCAGCUUGUUAUUGCACUACACAUUUUGGACGCCAUUAACUUCCACCGGUCGAAGAAUACCCCGAUUAUGCUGAGUGCAUCGCUGGACCGAAACGUUCUGGAGACCGAAUGUCGCCUUCCCGGAAUCGCUUCUACCAGCUUCGACAGCAACCUGGUUUGGGAAACCGAUCGACGUUCGGUCAAGCGUAUGAAAACUGAGAACCUUCCCAUCAAGGUGGAAUGCUACGCCGUUGACCCGACAACGGCGAUCUCUGAAGCCAAGCCCAGACGGUCAUUGAUCGGCCAUCUGGUGCUACCGCUAAGGUCAGUUCCGUUGCUGCCGUGGGCAAAAGCAGAUAGUGUCAAACCACGCUGGUUCCGGGUGAUCGGGCUUGUUGCGCCAGAGUGGAAAAGCCAAAAACCGGAAGUGCAACUGGCUGUGGUCAUAACAGACAAAGAAUAUUUGAAUCCUGAUAGGAGGAAACCAGGCGAGGUCGAUUCGGAAAAGGAAGGUGAUCGGAAUUUAGUAAUUUUCACUAAUCCGGAACCGUCACGACUAGGGUCCGGUGAAGGGUUACCGAUUCGAUUACUGGAAGAGCGGGGAUUGCUUCAGCUUGGCUCGGAGGACCAGGAAUGUGAUAUCUUCUUGGUAAAAAUAGUACUGAAAUAUGCUAAACAGUUAGCCAAACUGCUACCGGAUGGGGAGAAAGAGGUGUUAGAGGGCAACUUUCGGAUGCGGUACGAUUUGCUGGGAGACAACUAUCCUUGUUCUUUGGAGAAAAGACCAAACGGGACAUUUGCCAUUCAAGAGAAAAUCGUUAUCAACUUCAGGACCACGCUGCAUUCUUUGAAAAGAUAUUUUGAAGAGAUAUUCCUCAUUCGGUUAGAAGUGUUGUAUGCUGAAAAGGUUAUUGGUCGGUGUUACUUCCGGUUUGGCAAUUUGAUACAGGACGAACCACUGUCAAAAUUUCUUAGCAAACAGCGUGAAACUGCAACUCAGGAAGUAGAAAAAUUCUAUCCGAUCCAGUCCGUGGCUACAAAGUAUGAGGAUAAACGACAAGAGGAUGACAUUUCAGACAUAUCUUCCUCAACAAUGACAUCUAUUAAAUGCAAAUUUAGCCUGAAAUACCUGUCUUCGGAUCGUAAAUCGGUGCCGGAACCUGUACAAAAGAUCCUGGAUUUAAUCCCAGAAAAAGAUUUACCAAUAGUAGAUAUUCCAGAAGUGCCUUCUAUUCCAUCCAUAAAUCUCAAUCCAAUUCGACCACUCCCGAUGCCAUCUGCAGCUCCACCAGAGAAAACCGACAUCGAAUCGAUCCUGCAUUGUGAGGAUAGAGAUCUCAGGGACGUUCCGCGUACUUUCAGCUACAAUCUGCUACUUCAAAGUGUAAAAUUUACGCACCGUCCACCUCCCGGUCUCUGGCAGAUGUCUCUUUACCAUCCUCGUGGGGACACACCCUUCACGAAGGUGACAAUGGAACUGGAUUCGAUUGAAUCAGAGACGGUAGAGUUCCCCAAUCUUCAGCUUCAGUUAUAUUUCUCCGCACUUCCGGAUCGAGUGCUUCCAACGAUCACUGCUGAAUGUUCCAAAUUGAGCGUAAACGGCCCACAUGGGUUGUUUGGUUUUGCUCGGUUGGAUAAUCAAAGUCUGGUCAUUGGAACAAAGGAAAAGCAGGCCGGGGUUCUGAUUCUUGAAGAUCAAGCUGGGGAGAGUGUCGGAAUGGCAACGGUGUUCAGCUUCCUGGAUGAAGUGGGAAUUAAUUUUAACAGCAGAGCUCCGCAUAUUGGACCCGAAGUUGUUGCUGUGGAACCAUCUGCCAAGGGUCACCUGGACGAUCAAAUAUCGUACAAAAUGUUAGAGGAACUGAAGCAGUGGAUGACGCAACAGCGGGAGCAGUUUCUGAUCGAGUUAAAACAAAAAGAGGUGGCUUAUUUGACAAAACUGACUACCGACUGGAAGCGAAAGCAAGCGAAGGAAAGAGAGGAACUUUCACAACGCUUGGAACACGCAUCUGCAUUAACGGUAGCCCUCGAGGAAACCAAGAAGAGCAUCGCUCAGCAAAUCAGAGAAAGGGUCGAGCAGGACAGGACGCUAGAGGACCACCGUACCAAACUUGCACUGUCACAUCAGCAACAGUUGGCUGACAUUCGUGAAAAGGCCACCCGCCUGGAAGAGGAUCUCACCCAUAGGACCAAACUACAGAAGCUACGCUGCCAGGAGCUGGAAGAAAAGAACGAUUCGCUAAUACGGGACAACGACAUCCUAAAACUAGCUAAUGAACGGUUAGAGGUCCAACUGUCAGAUUUAAAGGGCGAGCUUCAGGAAUAUGCUAACCAGCGUAAGGCUCUCGAGCAGCAGUACCAAGAGUUAGAGAAAUCAAAGCUGUUCUAUAAGCAACAAUGGGCGAAGAUGAUUCGCCAGGUGCACAAAAUGAAGCUUGAAGACGAGCAAAAGCUCGGCGAAUUGAUCCAGGGUAAGGAGUACAAGGAGAAAAAGAAGAGUUCAUGGUGGGCCGAUCAUUUUGAAGAAGACGUUAACUGCAUUGCUGCAAAGGAAAAACAGGAAAUGGAUGCCGUUCAUGAUUUGCUCUUCGAAGACCGAUGGAUGCACCACCAGCAUUCACAGCAUCACCAUCCUCAUCAGUGUUGUUCAAAGGACAGGAAAGGGUGACCCCCAUUGAACUUUACCAAUGGGAUAUGUAAAAGACUGUUGUUUAUUUAAUUAAAUUAUUUAUUUAUUAUUUACAAAAAAGUAGUCUCGUAAAAAAUCAAACAUUUUUAAUGCUAAAA